UCCCCCUCGAGCUUCUCAUGCAGCAACCAACCAACUCGAUGGAAAAUUCACAAGAAAAUAGCCAAGAGCUCAAAGGAAUUAGACUCGUCUCGUUCAUCUCGUAACGAAACCACACCCUCAAUAAUCAUCACGAACGGCGGACGGACGGACAGAAGACGCCACCGAGGCAAACAAUAAAUCGUAAUUUUGCACCACUACUACAACUAAAACUCUCCCCACCGUCAUGUUACGUGCAUCUGCUCCAUGCUCGCCAACUCAUCCACAAUCCAGCUUCGUUUUCAGAUUAAAUUAAAAUGCCCGUUAUGUCAUGCAGGAAUUAUCAAGUGGUGAUUUGGUUGCAUUACUUUAUACAUUAUGCAUUUCGCUGUGAGAAGACUUAAUUCGAACAUGUGUGGAAGCACGAAGAAGGUGGUACAAAAGUGUGAAAGUGGUUAGAUUUUAAAUUGCCAAAUUAUCAACGUAUUCCUCCCAAGAUGCAAUUAAAAUUGGAACUAAUAAUUUUAUAUGGAAAAAGUUGCAUGAAAUUGGUUUCACACCCUUGUUUUCUUCUCCUUCAAACCCGUUGAAGCUUAUCAUAGUUCAUGAAACUUAGUUGUGAAUCACAGCACAACUUUACAUACAUAAUACCACACAACAAUUUGUCAGGCCCUUCAGCUAACAAAUGCCAAGCCAUCAGCCACCAUGUAAUUUUUGGCGGCGUUAAAUUAAUUUCUUCCUAGUUUAUUUGAUUUUUGAUUGUAUGCUGAGAGCGUAAUGGAUGGUCAAAAUGUUGUCGAUAUGUCGAAUUUAAGUGGCAAACAAACAAGAAGACAUUUCUCUAUAUAAGCAGUACCCUGUGGACCCCACCUUCAUUUCUUCAAGGAAUUUAGUUGAUUGGAUUACCAUGCUAUGAUUGUAUUUUUCUCCCCUAACGAAUAUACCCGACCUUAAUUACACACUGGCCCCAAACGAAUAUGUGCACAUCCGCUUAAUGCUUGCCUGCCAAUUGUGAGAGGAUUAAAGUUUGCAAAUAAAUUGAAUUGAACCCUUCUCAAAUCCCAAGACAAUCAAAUGUUAAUGAAAAAGCUCAUCACUUCACGUCACGUCACACACAUAUUGCUAAUUAGCACGUUGCAGUAGAAGGAAUGCAUAACAAUAACCCAGCAGCAGUGGGAGAUAGAUGAUGGGGAUGAGAUAACUUAACAGACAGACGGCCGAAUUUGCCAGGAAUUCCUUUUCAAUUCAAAAAUUUAAUUUAUUAAGAGGAUGAAGGUUAAUUGAGAGCUGGUUAUUAGCUGGACAGAGGGCUGAGGCAUUGGAUUUAUGCUGAAUCUCUGCAAUAUAAACGUGACUGUGGUGUUAUCACCGGGGAACAAUCAACUAUCACCAGCUCAUCUUCGCUCCGUCCAAGAUCACAGACACCGACAUGGCAUAAUCAAAUGUCGAACUGAUGGAAACCAACCAACCAACCAUUACAAAAACUUUGCUUUGCUCGUUCACGUCAACACGUUCGUGUCCCAGAUAAAAUAUUAUGACCGUACCCGAUUUGUCAUCCGGUCUAAUCUCCAGGAAAAUAGACUCUUGUAUCAAAAUUGUAUCAACCUGCAGUAUCUCCCGUGAUCAUCGUAGCUUACCGUUAGUUAUUUUAACAACAACGAAUUAUGCCUGGCACCGACCCUGCUGUUGAGAGACAUCAAAGGAAUUCUAUACAUGAAAGUGACCCUACCAACGUGCCCACCGAUGUAUCGCCAUUGGAGGAUGAAAUCACAGAAGAAAUCACAGAAUCCGAAGAGAUUGACGAAGAGGAACUUGAUAAUGAAGCCAAUGAAGGCGAUGAAGUAGUGGAGGCUGAUGGUCAAGAAGAAGGUGACCACGAUGAAGAAGACGAAGACGGAGAAGAUGCGGAUGAUGAUGACGAAAGCGACGAUGUUCUGUCAGAAGAGGAAUUACAGGAAUCCCCAUUUGCAUAUCAUCCUUCCGAGGAAGACUUUCAAGAGUCUGACCUCCAGUCUCGGAAGGACAGACGAUAUUUGUUGGGCACACAUUCAUUUUUGGAGUUGAACGAUCCACAGCUUGAAGACGCCUUGGUGCCUGCUCAUUUAGAUGGAGAAAGUUCUCGCAGGAGUGGAAAACAUCACAAGGGCUUGAAUGCGGAAAGGGACAAAUACAAAGAACUUUGCAAGAAUGCAGGAUUUAAACCAAAUCCAACAUUUCUUCAAUCUCUGGGGACUUCUAUUUUGGAUUUGACAAAUCAUGGUCUAUCCGAUAAGGAGAUCGAAGCCAUAUGCAUGACCCUAUGCAAUGAUAAACACAUUGAGAUUUGUCGACUGUCUGGAAAUGCUUGUGGAAAAAUUGGAGGGUUGGCAAUUGCAGAGAUGAUAAAGGAUAACUACACGAUUGAAGAAUUAAGUCUGGCAAAUACAGAAAUUUUGGAGUCUCUUGAAGAGAUAUGUGAGGCUGUGAGUCUCACCACAAGCUUGAUAAGCAUUGACUUGUCAAAGAAUGAACUCAUUGAUCAAGACAUGAGUCCCAUUUCGAACAUGAUUGCAGAAAACCAGUCUUUGAAAAAGUUAUUCUUGGGAUCAAAUGAGAUUCGUGAUGCAGGUCUGGCAGAGCUUGGUGUUGGACUUUCUGAAAAUAAAUCCAUUUUGGAAAUUGAUUUAUCACGAAAUAAAAUUAGAGGAGAAAAUCGAGCCGCACGCUUCUUCACAUCUUGUGGAACUCAUCCACAACUCAGAGUAUUAAACUUUAGUCACAAUUUAAUCCGAAAUGAGGGUUCGAAUGGAUUUUCCAGAAUUUUGUACAAAAAUGAUAGGAUCCAAAACCUUGAUCUGUCCUUUAACAUCAUGGAAGAGGGAGCGGGACCCAAUUUGGCUCGUGGUCUGGGCACUGGAGCCCCACGAGACCUGGAAACGCUUCACGUGGAACAGCAAUGGUGGCACCAGGAAUCGGCCGGAACCAUUUUAAGACCUCUGGGCAACAGGAAGAACAUGAUGCCCAUUGAGCUCGUUGACUUUGGGUGGAUGCUAGACGUUCACAAAAGCUUUCUUAACGCACGAGACAGAGCGUUAGCAGCUCAUCCCGAAAUGAAAAUCAUACAUGGAGAACCAUACGGUUUGAAGAAAGCCAAAGGUCCGGAUGAGAAACCUCUCGUAAUAAGACGGGCAAACAUUGUGUGCGAAAAUUUUGUAACUCCACUUGUGAUGCUCAUGGAAGAACUUGCAAAAGAACCUAAAAAACUUAGCAAGACGGCAUUUCGAAAGUUCAUCAAACAGUGCAACCUGUACAAGGAUAAAUCUUUAACAGACGCCUUCGAGAACGUCUUUGCAACUCCUUCUGGAGAAGUUGACGGUGAAGCCAUUUUAGCCGCAUUUGACAAGGAGUAUCCGGGCAAGAGGGUAAUUCCAGACCCUGAACCUGAGGGUGAAGUGAAGGAGGAAGUCAAAAAGGAGAAAAAGAAGAAGGGAGCUAAGGGAGGAAAAGCCAAAGGAAAGGGGAAGGGAGCUGCCAAAUCGAAAUCUAAAACUGCGGCUGGUGGUGGUGGCAAGGGUGCCAAAGAAAAGGCUUCGAAGAAGCCAAAGACUAAAGCCAAGAAAGGCAAAUAAUUUUGUAAUAAUAAUGUCAGACAAUUAAACUUUUUUUAGUAAAAAUAAUAAUCAAUUGGUAACUUUUACUCACUUUACUGGUAUCUCUUCGACAUCAUUAAUAUAAAUUUGUAAAAAAUAAUCGGCAAAUACUAAAAGAGCAAUCAAUCAUGCCAUAACAAGUUAAGGCCUUACUUGAUUAGUGUGAUUAUCAAAACUAGUAUAAUUCAUAGCGAACAAAUCACUGUUAAAUAU